AUGAAUACGGAUACCGACUCACGCCUGUGCCCUACUUGGGUCUUUCUGAGCAAUGCCAACGUGCACAUCGCGAAGGAUCGAGGCUGGUUCAAGACGUACACACCCUUCACAUCAAAAGUAGAUCCCUCGCUCUUCUUCAACCCGGGCAACCACAUCCCAGUGCUAGGAACAGGCACCGUCGAGAUCCCUAUAAAGCGCUCGCCCAAUUCUUCAGGAGUAUCUUCGCACGCAUCUCUCCUUCUCCACGAAGUCCUGCACGUGCCUGAUUUUCUCUGCAACGUCAUUGGGCAACCACUUUGGUUAACAGACAGAUACAAUCCCAUAAUCAAAUCUAGUACAAAGUCUAAGGGAAAUAUCAAAGACAGUGAAGGCAAGAGUGUUGCUUAUUUUCACCCCGGAAGUCCGCUGCUCGCAAUCAAAGUGCGCUCUCCACUAGACUGGCCAAAGCUCGGUCCGCACGCUCUGAAGAAGGACCGCCUAUAUAUGCUAGCCUGUCAAUGGGCUGUUUCCGAGAAGCAAAGGUGGCGAGAAUUCCAAGCUGCCAAUGGGCUUUCUACUCCAGCUCAAAAUGCUGUACCCUACACGGCCGAGGAAACUGCGUUUCUGAAGAAGAAUUAUGGCUCUGAAUCCCACUUUCUAAUGCAGCACGGGCUCAAAAUCUUUUCGGAUGAAUAUCGUCAAGAAGGACAGGCUAUUCUGCGUGCCAUUAUGCAAGAGUCAGACAUGUCCGAGGAAGAUAUCGACGACAACGAGGAUGAUUUUGACGAAUCAGAGUUAGAAGGUCAUCAAGCAGACUACAAUUUCACGGAGCGUCAGCUUGGUUGGAUCGAAAGGAACUUUCGCAAAUCGGAGCAGUCCAUGUAUUCUUAUGGACUCAAGUUUUAUGACGAUGAGGAUCUCGAGGCGGCUAAGGCACUUGCGGAGGCUAUGGUGAGAAGGGAUGAUUGA